UUUUGUGUGCUAGAAACAAAGUUCCAUUUACCAACAAAGUUUGGAUCUUCAUUUGAACUGCGAAGGCAAACAAGUCUACGAAAGCUGCACCCAUCUGGGUUUGUUAGCAACUCACUUUCAAAACUUGUUACCACCCAUUUCGAGGUGAUGGAGCUGCAUAAUAAGGUGUGUUCUUUAUGAUAGACUGUACUUGGUUCGUUUUAAAAGAUUUCAGAUUAGAGGGUUAAGAUAUUGUCUGCUACUUAAGAUGCGGGCAACAGAGAGACAUGGAAGUGUUUCUCACAGAUUUGGUGAACAGCCAGUUGAAGAGCCAGAGUCCUGUGGCUUCCCUCCAAUCCACGAUGUUGUCAUCCAUGGGAGUCAUCUAUCAGCUCAUAACUUUGAACAGUAUGAAUCAUCCUCAGCAACCAGUAAUUACCGUGUUCCAAGUUCUCCAUCUAGUUUAAGUUUCUCAGCGAAUGGAAGUCCGACCUCACAACCAGAUUUUCAGUCUUACCAGUCUAGUGGGUCUCCAGUUAACCAGUCUUGCUAUACAAAUGAUGUCGGUGGCCUGAGCCAUAAGAUAAAGGAAUUCGAAAGUCUUUUGCUUGGAAGUGAGUCGGAUGCCCUUGACAUAUUUGGCAUCAGAAGUCAGGUUAGGCAUAACCAAGUUUGGGCAGAAGAGCAGAAUCGGAAACAAAUGAUGAUGGAGAUGAUCUCCAGGGGUGACUUGAAAGAGGUGCUCUAUGCUUGUGCUAAAGCAUUGGCAGAAAAUGAUAUGUCAACAACUGAAUGGUUGAUGUCAAAUUUACGUCAGAUGGUAUCAGUUUCAGGUGAGCCAAUCCAACGUUUAGGAGCUUACAUGCUGGAAGGUCUUGUUGCAAGGUUGGCCUCCACAGGAGGUUGCAUCUAUGCAUCCUUAAGAUGCAAAGAGCCUGCCAGUAAUGAACUCCUAUCAUACAUGCACAUACUAUAUGAAGUCUGCCCAUACUUCAAGUUUGGGUACGUGUCAGCUAAUGGGGCGAUUGCAGAAGCCAUGAAGGAUGAAAGUAGAGUUCAUAUAAUUGAUUUUCAGAUUGCUCAAGGCAGCCAGUGGAUCACCUUGAUUCAAGCUUUAGCUAGUCGACCUGGAGGGCCCCCACAUAUAAGGCUGACUGGAAUAGACGACUCUACAUCAGCUUAUGCACGGGGAGGGGGACUUGAUCUUGUAGGAAAGAGGUUGUCAAGGCUUGCAGAGUCAUAUAGGGUACCCUUUGAAUUCCAUGCCGCUGGAAUUUGUGCUUCUGAAGUUCAGAUCAAGGACCUUGGAGUUCAAGUGGGUGAGGCACUUGCAGUGAAUUUUGCCUUCAUACUGCACCACAUGCCAGAUGAGAGUGUGAGCAUCCAAAAUCAUAGGGACCGGCUGUUGAGGGUGGUUAAGAGCUUGUCUCCCAAGGUGGUGACUCUUGUUGAGCAAGAGUCAAACACCAACACAGCCCCUUUCUGUCCCCGUUUUGCUGAGGCAUUCAGCUACUAUAGGGCUGUUUUCGAUUCAAUUGAUGCGGCUUUGCCAAGGGAAGACAAAGAACGGAUCAAUGUUGAGCAGCACUGUCUGGCGCGAGAAAUCGUCAACAUUAUAGCUUGUGAAGGAGUUGAAAGAGUAGAACGCACUGAACUUCUCAGUAAGUGGAGGUCACGAUUUAUCAUGGCAGGGUUUUCACCUUACCCACUUAGCACCAUAAUAAAUGCCACUAUCAAGACCCUACUGCAGAGCUAUUCUGAGAAGUACACGCUUGAAGAAAGAGAUGGAGCCUUAUAUCUCGGCUGGAAUAGUCAGGCUCUUGUUGCCUCAUGUGCAUGGAGGUAAGACCAACAGCUAUUUGCUUAUGUUUAUUGGUCUUGGAACCUCUCCCUUAAUAGUCAGUCUUCCGCUUCUAAUUUGAAUUUCUUCCUUCAGUCGGCUUAGAGCAUAAGAUAUCCUUCAUACUGAUAGCAGUAGUAUAUUGUAAGAUUAUGCUUCAUUAGUAAUAAGUACUCAUUAUCCAUAGAGGAUCUGAUUAUUGUUGACCAAAAAUUGAGACUAGUCUUUAACAAAUGCUUGCA